GGGCGCUGCCCUGGGCGCGGCGUGUGCACCGAGCGAGUGAAGGUAUGUGCGGCGGGCGGGCGCGGCUGGAGCUGCCACCGCCACCGCCGCCGCCGCCGCCUCCGCCGCGCAGGCAGGUCCUAAUGCCAGUCACUUGCCCGGACACUGGCAGCAGCAGCAGCCCCGAGCCCCGGAGCCCUGGGCAGGUUUGCCCGUCCUUCCUCGCUCUCUGAUUGGAUCAACUGGGGGCCUCGACGGUGGCCGACGUGGGACAGGCUGGCCGUGGCAGGGGUCUCGGAAACCAUGGGUUGUUGCAGUGGCAGGUGCACGCUUAUCUUUAUCUGUGGCAUGCAACUGGUUUGUGUGCUGGAGAGGCAAAUAUUUGAUUUCCUUGGAUAUCAGUGGGCACCUAUCCUGGCAAAUUUUAUACAUAUUAUUAUUGUAAUUCUUGGGUUAUUUGGAACUAUUCAAUAUAGACCUCGUUAUAUAACUGGAUAUGCUGUCUGGCUAGUCCUCUGGGUUACGUGGAAUGUCUUUGUUAUCUGCUUCUAUUUGGAGGCUGGGGACCUCUCAAAGGAAACAGACCUUAUCUUGACGUUUAAUAUAUCAAUGCACCGAUCUUGGUGGAUGGAGAAUGGACCAGGAUGUAUGGUGACAUCAGUGACACCAGCCCCAGACUGGGCCCCAGAAGACCAUCGCUACAUUACGGUCUCAGGGUGUUUUCUGGAGUACCAGUACAUAGAAGUGGCUCAUAGUUCCCUUCAGAUUAUUCUCGCACUGGCAGGGUUCAUCUACGCCUGUUAUGUUGUGAAAUGUAUAACUGAAGAAGAGGACAGCUUUGACUUUAUAGGUGGCUUUGACUCUUAUGGCUAUCAGGGACCUCAGAAGACAUCUCAUUUACAACUGCAACCUAUGUACAUAUGAGGAAACUGAGCCAGAAAAAGGAAGAGAAAUGUCAAACCACUGGUCAAAAUAACACAGAUGGCUUCAGUAUGUCAGCUCCUGGACUUUUCAAAGAAUUUUUUUCCUGCAAUGGCCUCCUGCAUUUUAUGAAGAGCAAAUGACACUGAGUUGGAAUACACACACACACACACACACACACACACACACACACACACACACACACACACACACACACAAACAACUAAAACUAAC